UACAGGAAGUGUGAGGGGUGUUCCCGUUGCAAUUCCAGCUGAUCCUCUUGUAGCAGACGGAGCCUCCCUUUCGUGUCACACAGUGGCUUUAGAAUUUGUCACCUCGUUUCUCCUCGGUGACAAAGGGAGAAGUAGCGAGCACUGCAGUUUUUUUCUUUUCUUUUUUAUUAUUGUGUGGGACUAAUAGCCUACUAGCUAACCGUUCGCUUCUGGGGAGAUCCUCGGUUCUUUCCUCCACUCGUUGUCUUUCUCCCAGCCGGGUGAAUUUGCCGUCGCAGGACUGUCAUGAGCCCAGUUUGCGGAUGGCAUCCUUUCAGAGUUUUUGUAAGACUGCCGGGUCAGCGGAGGAAGAGAACGGGGAACUGGACGAGUCUCUGCAACAAAUGUUGAAGGCUAUCGCCGACGAGCGUAACCGCCUGAAUAUAAGACAAGAAAUUAGUGGUCUUGGCGGUUUUAAGGACGACCGGAUCGUGUUCUGGACGUGGAUGUUCUCCACUUACUUCAUGGAGAGGUGGGCUCCCCGGCAGGACGACAUGCUGUUCUACGUCCGCAGGAAGCUCGCCUACGUCAGCGCGGACAACACCGAGGGCAAGAAGGUGGAGGUGGAGGUGUACAGGAGGGACUCCAAGAAGCUGCCCGGCCUGGGAGACCCCGACAUCGACUGGGAGGAGAGCGUCUACCUGAACCUCAUCCUGCAAAAGCUGGACUACGUGGUGACCUGCGCCGUGUGCACGCGCUCCGACGCGGGGGACAUCCACAUCCACAAGAAGAAGUCUCAGCAAGUGUUCGCCUCGCCCAGCAAAAACCCCAUGGACAGUAAAGGGGAGGAGUCCAAGAUGAGCUACCCCAACAUCUUCUUCAUGAUUGACAACUUCGAGGAGGUGUUCAGUGACAUGACGGUAGGCGAGGGAGAGAUGGUGUGUGUGGAGCUGGUGGCGAGCGACAAAAGCAACACGUUCCAGGGCGUGAUCUUCCAGGGCUCCAUACGCUACGAGGCCCUCAAGAAGGUGUACGACAACCGCGUGAGCGUGGCGGCCAAGAUGGCCCAGCGGAUGUCCUUUGGCUUCUACAAGUACAACAACAUGGAGUUUGUGAGGAUGAAGGGCCCGCAGGGCAAAGGUCACGCCGAGAUGGCCGUCAGCCGGGUCCCGACCGGGGACACGUCCCCCUGUGGCACCGAGGAGGACCAGGACUCCCCCAUGCAUGAGCGGGUGACCUCGUUCAGCACGCCCCCCACCCCGGAGCGGAACCGGCCCUCCUUCUUCUCCCCGUCGCUGCGGCGCAAGGUGCCGCGCAACCGCAUCGCCGAGAUGAAGAAGUCCCACUCGGCCAACGACAGCGAGGAGUUCUUCAGGGAGGAAGACGACGAAGACCUCCACAACACCACCAACCUGCGCUCCCGCUCGCUGUCCGGGACGGGCCGCUCCCUGGUGGGCUCCUGGCUCAAGCUGAACCGCACGGAGGAGUACUUCUUGCUCUUCUCCCACCUCACCUAUGUCACCCUGCCCCUGCACCGCAUCACCGCAGAUAUCCUGGAGGUGAGACAGAAGCCCAUCCUGAUGACAUAGCAGAGCCCUGCAGCCUCCGAGCAUCUCUACAAGUGCCUACCUGCACCAGGGCCCUGGGACAACACUACCACCUAGUGUCGAGACAGAGAACCCACCAAACCAAACGUCCAGCGGACAGACAUGAGGAGAGGACGACAAGGGAAACCUUUCCGAACAAUUUUUAAACGAAAAGAUAUUCAAACCAGCCCAUCAAGAAGUGCCUCUCGCCUCACCGAGCAUCAUUUGGGAACCGCGACGCGCUCUCCGCGGGAAUCGGGCUCUGGACUUCAGGCAUCGGGGGCGAACUUCCCCCGGGGGGGACGCUUCUGUCCGUCAGGGUCACGUGACCUCAGAGUGGAUAGGCAUUGGCUGAACUCUGACCAGGAAGGGGGGGGGGGGGGGGAAUGAAGAAUGUCUUUUGGUUUCUUGUAAAUAUCCAGCUGCUUUGCCGUUCACAGAGAAGCCCGGAGAAAGGUUACCGCUUUUGAUGACGACGCUUUUUCUUGUUCCCUUUGCUUUCCUUUCUCUCCGUCGUGGAGGGAUCUUGUGCGUAAAUGGUUUCGCUCCGAGGCUUUAAUGAAACAGCCUUCACUUUGCACUCGCAUAAAGACGUGUCACUUUAAGUGUUAUUACAUUUAUUUGUGUUUGUGAAGAGCAUAGUCAAUACUUGAUGUUAAUUACUGUGUAACUACAGAGUACUACUUCCAGUAACAAUAUUGCAGAUACAAAGGUGCUAUUUGAAUCAGUUUAAAAGGCAUGGGUUAUUGAUUAAGUGAAACCCAGAGGUAUGAGGGAGAGGAUUAUACAAGCGCAGGCCCAGUGUUGACUUCUUGAGUUCAACCCUCCUCACUCAUGUUAACAGCAUAGGUUUUUACACUUCCAUUUCUUUGAGAAUGUUGCUACAACUGGUGGUAUUAUGUGGUUACACAGUUAUUAUUGUCGAACUCCAAUGACAUGUUACAUGUUACUAACAAGUAAAUGUCUCAGCAAAUUAGGCUACUAAUCCCACUUUACCUGCUGAAGCGGCCCUCAUUCUAAGAAAAUCCUAGGGACAGACUUGGAGAAACUCGCUAAUGAGGUGAUACACGAUAAAGGGAUCAGGACGCUAAACAAGCGAUUGGUCUGUAUUGGUAGUCUUCACAGCCAUAAGCGGUUGCCCAGGGAAAAUCUAUGGACAAAAACCAUUUUAGCCAACUGCCAUGUGAAAGCCCUUCCAUCUGUGGCCCAGAAAGCCUUAAUAUCUGACUGUGUAUGUAUGUAUGUAUGUAUGUAACAUAGGACUGUCUAGUCCCGCAUCCGCUGUUUUAAGUAUCUUUCCAAAUGGGUAAACAUUGAUUCACUGUUAGUUCUUUCUUCUAGACAAACAUGAUAGCCCCCAGUUGCUGAGUAACGCUGGUUGCAAGGACAUAUGAAGGAAAACACCGUUACGCUACAACAUAGCUAGUGCACUACCGUCAUCGACGUGAAACAUUCAACUGACACAGUAGAACACAUCCCAAGUUGGCGUAGAAACAACCUGCCUACCUACUAUGUUCUGUUUUGCUUUCCUUAUUAAGAGAUAUCAUUUGCACCUUUUUGUUGGUUGCUGUGGUUACAGUACUUAUGUCGAGAACCGAAAGCGCGAGCUCAAGCCAUCCACGAUCAAAGUCGGCAGGGUUCUCUACAGUUUGACAUGUUCGGUGUCGAGUUUGCUUGACUCCACGUGUCGGUGUAGAUCAGAGCUCCUAGACGUGAACCCACGAGGAUGUGUGAGGGGAGGAGCCACUGGCUGACCAGUGUUACGCUACAGCUGUACAGUUUCAAGGAUGAAUGUAUCCACUCUGACACAUUGACAUAGCAAAGACUGCUUUUUCGAACCCUUUGAUAUGAAAGGCAAAGUGACCAGUUUUGCUAGGGUGUACGACGCUGUUCGCCAUCUUUCUGAACGUGUAUUAGUUUCUCUCUCCUAGCCUUUAGAGAGAGAUGUUUGUUUCCAAGAGGUGUUGUGGUGUCUACACAGUUCCAAAUGCUUCAACCUUGCUUUUUGUAUUCAAAUAGACGAGUAAAUGUGCAUGUCGGGUCCAUACCUCUGUUGUAUCAUUUUCAAUCUGUGUA